UAUUCACACACUGUAAUUAAGUGUAAUUCAUUUGUUAUCAUUAUUUUCUUUCUAUAAAUACCACUAUAUUUCAGUUCGAUUCAAAUAGUCUUGUACUCUGCUUGGCCGCUUAGGUACCUAUAAUUUUUAUAUUUUUAUAUUUUUAAAUCCUUUCAUCAUGGCCAAUGAAGUGUAUAUUGUAUCUGCAGUCCGUACACCUAUAGGUUCAUUCAGUGGUUCAUUGUCAUCUUUAAAAGCUCAUCAAAUGGGCUGUAUAGUGAUUUCAGAAGUAUUGAAAAGAGCUAAUGUUAAUACAAAUGAAGUAUCUGAAGUUAUUUUAGGACAGGCUCUUACCGCUGGACAAGGUCAAAAUCCUGCCAGACAAGCUUCGGUAAAUGCUGGAAUUCCAUUUACAGUACCUUCUUAUAUUAUCAAUAUGUUAUGUGGAUCUGGACUGAAGGCUGUGGUUCUUGGAUACCAGGCAAUAAAAUGUGGAGAUUCUUCAAUUGUCAUUGCAGGAGGUCAAGAAAGUAUGAGCAAUGCUCCGCAUGUUGCCAAUUUACGAAAUGGAAUUAGAAUGGGUAACACCGAUUUGAUGGACACAAUGUUAUGUGAUGGAUUGAUUGAUGCAUUCAAUAAUAUACACAUGGGAAUCACAGCUGAAAAUAUUGCUGAAAAGUAUGAAAUUUCGAGAGAAGAACAAGACAAAUAUGCUCUAGAAUCUCAGAAACGGGCUGCCGAAGCACAAAAAAAUGGAAUAUUCAAAGAAGAAAUAACACCAGUGGAAGUAAAAAUACGACGGAAUACCAUUUUAUUUGAUGUAGAUGAAUAUCCAAAACAUGAUACUACUUUAGAAUCACUAUCUGCAUUAAAACCGGUUUUUAAAACAAAUGGUGUUGUUACGGCUGGAAAUGCGUCUGGCUUAAAUGAUGGUGCUGCUGUAGUUUUAUUAAUGAGCAGUGAAGAAUGUAAAAAACGAGGUUGUACUCCUAUGGCUAAAAUUGUAUCUCAUGCUGAGUGUGGAGUUGAUCCAAAAAUAAUGGGUACUGGACCAAUUCCUGCCGUAUUCCAAACUAUUGAAAAAGCUGGUUGGACACUAGACAGUGUAGAUAUUUUCGAGUUAAAUGAAGCAUUUGCUGCUCAAUCAAUAGCUGUACUACGUGAUUUGGGAUUAGAUACUAAUAAAGUGAAUAUUUACGGAGGAGCUAUAGCACUGGGUCAUCCCAUUGGAGCAUCUGGUGCCAGAGUUUUGGUCACAUUGGUACACUCCUUGUUGAGGACUGGUAAAAAACGAGGUGUAGCAUCUUUAUGUGUUGGUGGAGGUAUGGGUAUUGCUAUUGCUGUAGAGACAGUAUUAUAAAUCAACACUUGAAGUUUUCUGCACGAAAGAAAUUUAUUUAGAUUGUGCUAAAUAUUUCCUAUGGAAAAUAUUACAUCAUGGUUAACUGCAUACUUAUUUAAAGAAAAUGAACUCUGCUGAAAACUGAAAGGAUAAUUAUUUAUUUUUUAUGAAUUCUUAUUGAAAUUGACUUAU